AUGAGUACAACCAAUACAAAAGAAGAAGUUAAAAACCUUUGUAUUCAACUAGAAGAAUCAACCAAAUUAAAGAGAAACGGCAAAUGUAUAAAAUUUACAAACAAUGUAUAUAAUACAUCAAUACCAAUAGAUUCUUGGAAAUUUUUAGAUUUCGACUAUGGAAAAGAUAAAAUUAAAUUACCAAUACAAGCAAGAGGUUUAUUCACUUUUAAUGAUGAAGAAAUAGUAAUUAGAGGUUACGAUAAAUUUUUCAAUGUUGGUGAAAAACCAAUGACAAAAGAAGAAGAUCUAAGAGCAAACACCUCAGGACCUUAUGAUGUCACUUUGAAAGAAAAUGGUUGUAUAAUAUUCAUAGGUGGAUUACAUACUGGUGAUAUUGUUGUUUGUUCUAAACAUUCUACUGGUUUUAGAGAUGAUAAUACUAGGAACCAUGCCAUUGAAGGUGAAUUACAAUUGAGAAAACAAUUGGGUGAUGCAAAAGUUAAAGAAUUAGCUAAAUACUUAUUUGAUAAUAAUUUAACUGCUAUAUCUGAAUUAUGUGAUGAUGAAUUUGAAGAACAUGUUUUACCUUACCCAAAAGAUAAGUCUGGUUUAUAUUUACAUGGAUUGAACUAUAAUACUAUAAAUUUCAAAACUGUUUCCAUAAAUGAAGUUAAUAAAUUUGCAGAUGAUUGGGGGUUCAAAUUAAUUGAAUAUUUAUCAUUUAAUGAAUAUGAUGAAUUAUUUACUUUUUUAAACAAAUGUUCAGAAACCGGUACUUAUAAUAAAAGAGAAGUUGAAGGAUUUGUAAUUAGAUGUAAAAAGGCAAAUGAUGAUUUUUUUUUCAAAUAUAAAUUUGAAGAACCGUAUUUAUUAUAUAGACAAUUUAGGGAAGUGACAAGACAACUAAUAGAUGGUGUACCAUCUCAUUCGGUAAGAAUGAAGAAAAAUAAAUUAAUCACUAAAAAAUAUUUAGAAUUUGUUGAAGAUUUAUUUGCAAAAGAACCAGAAUUAAAAGAAAAUUUUGCAAAAGGUCAUGGUAUUAUAAAAGUAAGACAAUUAUUUUUGGAUCAUUUACAUGAAACAAAUGGUAUGAAUUUAUUGACUAUUGAUGCAAAAUUAACUGAAGAAUUAAAAUCAUUAAAUCUAGAAGAUAUAACGAAAUAUAUUAUAGUACCUGUAGCAACUAUUGGAUGUGGAAAAACCACUGUUUUCAAUACUUUGCAUUUGUUAUUCCCAGAUUGGAUACAUAUACAAAAUGAUAAUAUUCCAAAUAAAUCAAAAUUAAAAAUAGUAGAUUUAGCAUUAAAAGCAUUGGACAAUUAUCCAGUUGUUUUAUUUGAUAGAAAUAACUCAGAAUUUAGAGAAAGAAAACAAAUCUUCACAUCAAUAUUUGAAAAAAGAGAUACUUAUAUUGAUCCAAUGAUUCAACUUAAAUAUAUCGGUAUAAACUUUAUAAAUGAUGAAGUUAAUGAUGAUCAACUUUGGGAUAUCACAUAUGGAAGAAUUAAAGAAAGAGGUGAUAAUCAUCAACUGAUUAAAGUUAAUUCAAAUGAACAAUUAACUGUAUCUGUAAUGAAAGGAUUUAUUAAAAGAUUUAGACCUAUUGAUCCUACAAAGUCUCCUGAUUCACAAUUCGAUCACGUAAUAAAUUUGAAAUUAAAUCAGCCAAACUCAUCAUUAGAAAAUGUGAAAUUAAUAAUAAACAAUUUAAGUGAAACUUACCCGGAUUUAAUCACUACAAAACCAACAUCCGAGCAAAUAGAAAAAGCAUUCAAAGAAAGUCUAGAUUAUAAACCAACAUUUACUAAAACUUUCGGCAACAAUAAAUCAAACGAUAACAACAACAACCCGGCAAAAAAAAAAGAACCAACGUAUUUUGGGAUCUCACUUCAACCUCAAAGAAUCCUAAAAUCUUUAAACCUAAUUGAAUCCCACAUACAAUAUCAAAAUUUACAAAAAGAAAAUUUAGUCCAAGAUAAAUUUCAUAUCACAUUGGCUCAUAUUGCAAGUACGAAAAAUAAAGAAAACAAAAAAAAAUGGCAAAAGAUUUUAAAAAGUAUUGGAUUGGAAAAAUAUGAAGAAGGUAAGAAUCCAUUGGAUUUCAAAAGUAAUAUCAAACUACAACAAAUUGUAAUAAACCACAAUAAACUUAUCUGUAUAAAAGCACAAAUUCAUUCAAUCUACAAUACUAAAGGAGAAGUCAUUGAAAUUGAGCCAUUAAAUAAAUACAUCCAUGUUACAAUAGGUUGUUUCCCACCAUCAAAACCAGUUGAUUCAAACGCAACAAUAGAGUUUAUUUAUAAAGGUAGAGAAAUUAAUGAUUUGCUAGCUGAUGGUAUAUAUGAAGUUGAUGGUGAUGUUAUAGAAGUAAAGAAUUUUGGAGAUGAUGAUGCUGUUGAGUUUGAGGAUCAACAAUUGUUUGCAUUUCUUUGA